GUUUCAAGAGGUGGGGCACUCUAUGUAAAACGUAUUGCAUUAUUGAGAGUCUGAAGAUUAAAGAGUGGCACUAUAUAGAGUUUAGCUCCUAAAGCAUAUUCGUUUAAAGCAAAGCAGUUUUAAAUCCCAAGGGGAGAGAGAGAGUGAUUGAUCGGAGAUGCCGGAGCUAGUUGAGAAAACGGGAAGCCGACCACCGUGGGUUGGAUUGGCAGCCGCCAUAUGGGUUCAGAUCGCGGCGGGAAACGCUUCAACUUUCCCGCUUUACUCCGCCGCUCUCAAAUCGGUUUUAGGGUUCAACCAGCAACAGGUCACCAUCUUGGGCGUCGCUGGUGAACUGGGAGGGAACAUGGGUCUGCUUCCAGGAUACACAAGUAACAUGCUUCCUCCAUGGGCCAUGCUUCUCAUCGGUAUCUCUUCUUGUUUCCUCGGUUACGGCGUUCUCUGGCUCUCCCUCGGCCAAAUCGUUCACGACUUGCCUUUCUGGUUGCUGUUCAUAGCUCUGGUUAUAGCCACCAAUAGCUGCUCAUGGUUCAUGACAACAUCUUUAGUGACCAAUAUGAGGAACUUUCCUAUGAGCCGAGGCCCAUUGGCGGGACUUCUCAAAGCCUUAAUUGGGAUCAGUGGUGCAGCAUACGCUGUCUUGUUCAGCAUGUUGCUUCACCAUUCUGCUUCUAAUUUGCUUCUGUUUCUCACGGUUGGUAUUCCGGUUUUGUGUUUCGCUUCCAUGUAUUUCAUCCGUCCCUGUGUUCCUGCCACCGGUGAAGACCCUUCCGAGCCCGUGUAUUUUGCUUUUCUGCUCGGCACUAGUAUCCUUCUCGCUGCUUAUCUUGUUGUAACGACUGUAGUUAGUGAGGUGUAUUCACUGCCAAGCGCACUUAGAUACGUUCUUGUGGCUGUCAUGGUCUUAUUCUUGUUCUCGCCUCUUGCGAUCCCCAUCAAGAUGACACUGUUCCGUUCAAAUGUCAAGAGCUCUUCAGACAAUCUAGCCAAAGAGGAAGGUGAGUCAACCCAGGAGGAACCACUGCUGAUAUCUUCUACCUCGGAUUCAAACCUCGGGUCUCUCUUAAAAGGAGAUGAUGUUUCGGAUAUGGACAUACUUUUGGCUGAAGGGGAAAGUGGGAUACUUAAGAAGAAGAAGAGAAAGCCUAGGAGAGGUGAGGAUUUCAAGGUUGGCCAAGUCUUCGUCAAAGCGGAUUUUUGGCUGCUUUGGUUUGCUUAUUUACUCGGUAUGGGCUCAGGCGUUAUGGUCUCAAACAACUUGGCACAAAUCGGAUUUGCUUAUGGUAUCAAGGAUACUACAAUACUCGUCUGCAUCUUUAGCUUCUUCAACUUCACAGGCCGUCUCGCUUCAGGUGCCUUAUCUGAGCACUUUGUAAAGUCAAGAAUGCUUCCAAGAACACUAUGGAUGGGAGCUUCGCAGCUGGUUAUGGUGUUCACAUUCCUCCUCUUUGCCAUGGCCAUCGACCACACCAUUUACGUGGCGACUGCUCUUGCCGGGAUAGGCAUGGGGUUUCAGCUUUUGUCAAUCGCCACCAUCUCGGAGCUAUUUGGUCUUAGACAUUUUGGGGUAAACUUCAACGUCAUACUCUUGGCUAACCCGAUCGGUGCCAGCCUUUUCUCGGCCCUUCUUGCCGGAUACAUCUACGACAAGGAAGCGGAGAAGCAAGGGAAUCCUACCUGUAUUGGUCCGGAUUGCUUCAGAGUAACGUUCUUGGUUCUAGCCGGAGUUUGUGGCCUUGGAACUCUGCUUACUGUUAUAUUGACUGUGAGAAUUCGCCCUGUCUAUCAAGCUCUAUAUGCGUCUGGCUCAUUCAAGUUGCAGCCGCAAUCAGCUGGUCAUUGAUACUUCCAGGGCAAGUGAGAGACGAAAGAUGAUAUCAAAGAAAUAAAAUGAUAUGUCUACUAUGCAUUGUAUUGUAUCGUGCAACAUAUUUUUUGGGUGGGUGGGUGUAUUCUAAGAUUUGUAAAUUUGUUUUUAUUCAUAUAUAUGGAAACUGUUUCUCAACCGGCCAAAAACCGGUAGGAAGAACCUUUUGUCAUAAUCAUGUUGAAAUGUUGUUUGUAUCUGUUUGAUG